GCGCCAACCUUAAACAAAGCAGGAUAAAGAUCAAUGGCGCGAGGAGGAGUAAAUGUGUCUGAUACAAGAACUUAAUCAUCAAUGCGGAGAUGAUGAUGAUGAUGAUGAUGAUGCUUUCUGUUUCUUUGCGGAUGAUAAAUAAGAGGAAAGGAGGUGGAAAGCUGUGGAGGAAUGCGGAAUGUACACCGGCUUGUGUUUUUGACUGAGGCAGAACAGACAGACAGACAGACAGAGAGAGAGAGAGAGAGAGAGAGAGAGAGAGAGAGAGAUUGUUGCACAUCUGGAGUCUCUGACAGCGACGAAGCGCGCGGACGAUAAACAGCCAAAAACCUCAAGACUGCGCCUUGACGUGAGCGCGAGAGCGAAGACGUUCCACUGGUUCGUCGCGUGCUUGGCAACGUUAGCGUGCACUAGCUAACAGCGAGACAUGUAGCAUAGCAUUGCACACACUGACAACGUCGACCCGUGAAAGACAGACACACAUUUACACACACACGCACACACACAGACAGGAUGUUCAUGGGUUAGCUAGCUGGGGAAUUUGCCAAACGAGUGGCCAUGCCUCACUAAUAGUAAUAGCCUAGUAGAGAAGCCCUUCGAGCUCCAAACCCAGUUAAGGUUACAGGUGUACGGGAUGAACUUGGCUCUGUCCCUCUGACGCGCCCGAGCUAGGGCCUGCCUGGUGGAUUCCUCAAUCGCCCUGCUCCACUGCCAACAUGCUGAUUAAAGAGUACCGCAUCCCCAUGCCCAUGAGCGUGGAGGAGUACCGCAUUGCCCAGCUCUACAUGAUCCAGAAAAAGAGUCGUGAGGAGAGCGAAGGCGAGGGCAGUGGCGUGGAGAUCCUGGAGAAUCGACCCUACACGGACGGGCCCGGCGGCUCGGGACAGUACACCCACAAAGUGUACCACAUCGGCCAGCACAUCCCCAGCUGGUUCCGCUCCAUCCUGCCUAAAGCAGCUCUACGUGUGGAGGAAGAGUCCUGGAACGCAUACCCUUACACUCGCACCCGUUACACGUGCCCUUUUGUGGAGAAGUUCUCCAUCGACAUCGAGACGUAUUAUAAGCCCGACACGGGGAACCAGAACAACGUCUUCAAUUUGUCUUCAGCAGAGAAAAGGCAGCGGGAUAUCGACCCUAUAGACAUUGUGAAAGAUGUUAUUGCACCUCACGAGUAUUUGGCUGAAGAGGAUCCCAAGCUGUACAAGUCGGUGAAGACUCAGCGAGGCCCUCUGUCAGACAACUGGAUCCAGGAGAUUAGCCUUAACCCGGGCAUGAUGCCUGUCAUGUGCGCCUACAAGCUGUGCAAAGUGGAGUUCCGCUACUGGGGCAUGCAGUCCAAGAUCGAGCGUUUCAUUCACGACGUGGGUUUGAGGAAAGUGAUGGUGCGUGCACACCGGCAGGCCUGGUGCUGGCAGGACGAAUGGUACGGCCUGACCAUGGAAGACAUCCGACAGCUGGAGCUGGAGACUCAGCUGGCCCUGGCUAAGAAGAUGGCGCAAUAUAGCUGCAACGAGGACGGAGGAGAGGGCAACAACAGUCCUGCCAAAGAACAGGACACCAAGGAGGCCAUCAACGCCUUCGAGAACGAAAGCGCAACGCGGAGUCUUGGAGACACGUUGCAGGCCCGGGGAGAACUCACCAAGCAGUGGUCCACCUCGUCCAGAUCCUCCCGUUCCUCAAAAAGAGGAGCAAGCCCGUCUCGACACAGCAUUUCCGAAUGGCGCAUGCAGAGCAUCGCCCGUGACUCAGACGACAGCACAGACGACGAGUUCUUUGAUGCACACGAGGACCUCUCAGACAACGAGGAGAUAUUCGUCAAAGAGAUCACCAAGUGGAACUCCAACGACCUGAUGGACAAAAUCGAGACGGCAGAGGCGGACGAACCCCAAAGUGACUUGUACCAGGACUCUGGGGUUGAGUACACUGAAGCUGAGAACGUUCAAAGACUUAAUGAGGAUGGCUCGGGUCAGCAGGGUCUGCAGUCGUCAUCGAAGGUGCACGUGUUGCUCCUGGUCCUGCACGGUGGCAACAUCCUGGACACGGGAGGCGGAGACCAGAGCAGCAAGCAGGCCGACGUCAACACUAUCAGCUCUGUGUUCGAGACAGUCAUGCGCGUACAUUACCCGACAGCUCUGGGCCGCAUCGCCAUCCGCACAGUGCCCUGCCCCGCCGUGUGUGUGGAGGCUUUCUCACUCGUGUCAAAUUUAAGUCCGUACAGCUAUGACGAGGGCUGCCUCUCUAACAGUCAGGAUCACAUUCCUCUCGCUGCUCUACCUCUGCUGGCCACGUCCGCCCCUCAGUACCAGGAUGCCGUGGCCGCGGUUAUAGUGCGAGCCAAUCAGGUGUACGGAGACUUCAUCAAAUCGUUGGAAGGUACCAUGUUCUCUGGCCAGGUGUGUCUGAUAGGUGACUGUGUCGGAGGGAUCCUGGGAUUUGAUGCCCUCUGCAGCAGCAACAUCACCGUGUCAGAAAGCCAGAACAGUAGCAGGAGAGGGAGCAUAGUCAGUGUGCAGGACAACGAUCUGCUCUCGCCGGGCAUUAUCAUCAACAGUAGUCCUUCAGGCUCAGGCACGGGCUCAGGCUCAUGUUCUGGUUUGUCCCUGGAAGGCAGCCGUCACUUGAGCCGCAGCAACAUCGACAUCCCACGCUGCAGCGGUGCCGACGACCCCAAAAAACAGUUGCCCCGCAAGCGUAGCGACUCCUCGACCUAUGAACUGGACACCAUCAAGCAGCACCAGGCCUUUCUUUCUAGUUUACACUCCAGUGUUUUAAGGAAUGACCCCGGCUCUCGGCGGUCCAGUAACAGCACCAUGCUGGAAGGAGGUGGCGUUCUGGGCAAGUUUGAUUUCGAGGUGUCUGAUUUCUUCCUGUUUGGCUCUCCACUGGGUUUGGUCCUGGCUUUGAGGAAAACUGUGGUUCCUUCUCUAGAUGUGGCUCACCUCCGUCCAGCCUGCCAGCAGGUGUAUAACCUGUUCCACCCUGCAGACCCGUCAGCUUCACGCCUGGAGCCACUGCUGGAGAAGAAGUUCCACCAGCUGGCACCUUUCAGCGUGCCACGGUACCAGCGGUUCCCUCUAGGCGACGGCCACUCGGCCCUGUUGGUGGAUGCCCUCCAGAGCAACCCUCACCUCCUGCUGGAGAGUGGAGGCCGCUGCCAUGACGGCUUAGGCGAGACUUCCAUCCCCGUCCCCGUGCUCAACUGGCAGGCUGCGCCAGCCACGCCCGAGUCGGAUGUAAUGCAUUCUCAUGGGGGGAUGUUCCUGGAGAACUCGUACCCCUCGUCGCCCGCUUCAGCCCCAGCAUCCCGAAUCAUUCGCAGGCCCAGUGAGGUCAGCAUCGCUAGCCAGGUUUCCGGACUGGCGGAUAGUUACACAGCCUCUAAUAUGGCCAACACACAAGCAUGCCAACUCAAUCAGUCCAAAAAGCUUAGCCUUUUGUCUCAGCUGGCCCUCCCUUAUAACAAAAUGUCCUCAAGAAGCCCAUCCCCGAAAGCCCGCUACAAGUUGCUCAGUAGCAGAGCGGCGGGCUCAGAUGAGGUGAGCUGCUUCGAGCCCUCCCCUCUCCCCGACUCCAGCCCUCCAUCGCCGAACAUGCAGCUGGAUAUAGAGCAAGUCGCUGCUCGUUGGUGGGGGACAAAGCGCAUUGACUUUGCCCUGUACUGCCCUGAUGCCCUGACUGCCUUUCCCACCGUGGCUCUACCUCACCUGUUUCAUGCUUCCUACUGGGAGUCUACAGACGUCGUGUCCUUUCUGCUCAGACAGGUAAUGAGGCACGAAAACUCCAGUAUUCUGGAGCUGGAUGGGAAGGAAGUUUCCGAAUUCACACCUUCCAAACCACGGGAGAAGUGGCUAAGGAAGAGAACACAUGUUAAGAUCAGGAACGUAACAGCGAACCAUCGUGUGAACGACGGUGUCUUCACGGAGGACGGCACGCAAGUUGUCACUGGCCGGUUCAUGUAUGGCCCGUUGGAUAUGGUCACUCUAACCGGAGAGAAGGUUGACAUCCACAUAAUGACACAACCUCCAUCAGGAGAGUGGGUGUACUUUGACACAGAGCUGACCAACAGCAGUGGACGUGUUUUUUACACGAUCCCAGAGAGCAAGCGCCUAGGGAUCGGAGUGUACCCAGUCAAAAUGGUGGUCAGAGGUGACCACACAUCUGCAGACAGCUACUUGACUGUGCUACCACGUACCACAGAAUUUGUAGUGUUCAGCAUCGAUGGCUCGUUUGCUGCCAGUGUGUCCAUUAUGGGUAGCGACCCUAAAGUGAGAGCAGGAGCAGUGGACGUUGUCAGGCACUGGCAGGACUUGGGCUACCUGAUCGUGUAUGUGACGGGCCGUCCAGACAUGCAGAAGCAGCGAGUGGUGGCCUGGCUCUCGCAGCACAAUUUCCCUCAUGGCAUUGUGUCCUUUUGCGACGGUUUGGUGCACGAUCCUCUUCGCCACAAAGCAAACUUCCUCAAGACCCUCAUAUCUGAGGCGCAUAUGAAGAUCAUUGCUGCGUACGGCUCCACUAAGGACAUCUCGGUGUACACGUCGCUCGGCCUGCAACCAUCUAACAUCUACAUUGUUGGCAGACCAACGAAAAAGUUGCAGCACCAGUGUCAGUUCAUCUCAGAUGGUUACGCGUCUCAUUUGUCAGAUCUGGAGUACAAUCAGCGCUCUCGACCGGCCAAGACUGGCAGCACACGUGUGACACUGCGUAAGGGAAGCUUUGGUCUGGGUGCCAGUGGCGACUUUCUGCGCAAACGCAACCACCUGUUGCGCACCAUCUCCUCUCAGCCAGCUCCCACAUCCUCGGCCACAUCGUCUGGCCAUGGGGGCCGUCCGGAACGUGCUCAGAGCCAAUCUGAGUUUGACCGCGAGCGGGCUGAACGCGCACAGAGGAGCAUGAGCAUUGCGGCAGGCUGUUUUGGACGUGCAGGGAAAAUGGAGGGAGGCACCCUGAGCCCCAAGUAACCCUCCAUCAACUUGCUAUGUAUAACUGGGAGUCUUUUUAUUUAUUUAUUUUUUUAAAGGAAUGGUGGAUCGGGAAGAACAAAAAUGAAAAAUGGAACAGACUCCAUGAGAGACUGGCACAGCUUUUCUAAUGUAGCAAGCGUGGCAUUAGGGGAAAAAGAUUUUAUUCCACUGGGGAAACACACCAUCCAGAAAUCUAAUGCCUUAUGCAUCGCUCUAGGUUUUUUUGAACGCUGGUCCUUGCGUCUUCUCAGUUUGCUUGAAUGUACAGGGAAAACGGAUGCUUGAGUAGUUCGGACUCCUCCAAUCUCCACCUGCAUCAUCAGAAAAGUGGAAGAAGUCUCCAACAUGUCAUGAUGAUGUCCACCAACAUUUUCCACCUGUAAAUACAUGCCUCCUUCCUCACAAGCUCAGGGCAGCCGUGUAUGGACGAGUCAACCAUGGUCUAUCCCAGGAGUCACUUGUGUUCGCCCAAACCAACCCCUCUUUGCCAAAUGCUAGCCCCUAGUUUCUUCCUGUUUUUACUGAACUGUUCCUGUGGAUGGGGUUCCUGUACAAAAAAAGCCCUGCAGCAUUUGGCAACAAGGACCCACCGUGUUGCAUCUUGUGUUUUGGCACGCAGGUCAUCAGAGGCCUUACUUCUUAACAGCGUAUUACCACACGAGCAUUAAACAUACAUGGGCCGAGUACUGCCCUGGGGCUGAAAAGUGAGGAAGUUGGCCUUUUUUCUUUGACUUUCAAUCUGUAAUUUGGCAACAAUCCCUUUAUCUGGCCAUCUGCUUGCAAUACCUCUCGGACAUCACUAGGGUGUCUAGUGCUCCUGAAAACUCUCUCAUCUCUCUGGUGCAGCAUGCCAUGUACAGAUAGCCAAGUACGAAUCCUUCUGAGCCUCCACGCUUUCUCGUUCCCUUAGUACCCUUCUCCUUCGCCCUGGUUCUGGAGCAGAACCACUUCGCUGCUCUGCUCCUCUAAAUCGCAUCAGCCCACGAACCAGACGACCGCAGUAGGCGUCUAUCCUACUAUAUUUACAAAGCGUACGUUGGAGAAAUCCAUUUUUCUCCAGACGCACAAAGCAGCAUAUAGUCGUCUCUUGCCAAUUUGUGCACCUUUACCGCUUUGCUUUAUUGGACGAAUCUUGAGAGUAUACGGACGUCUGGCGACACUUGAUCCAAUCGAUGGCCAAAAUCAUUUAUUUUCCAGAAGCUGUAGUUACGUAACUGUGUAACCUCAUUGUUCCUUUUGCACAAAGUCAAUAGUAGAGAACCUUGUUACCAUCUCAUGUGGCUACAUAUUGUUAUUGUGUAGUGCAUGAUCUUUAUUAAUAUAUGACAGGAUUCGAGUGCGUUGUGUGCACAGCUGUAGUAUUUGUCUCUAAUGUCAGGAUUAAGAAACGUGCCAAAAUUAGAACGAUCAUAGGAACGACAAACGAAAAACAAUAGGCUUUAUCGUUUUUUUUUUUUGUUUUGUUUUUCCUUUGUAACAUACUACUGAGUAUUUGAUCUGAGUGUGUGUAUAAUUUGAUAUGUAAAAACCAUUCUGAGUUGGGAUUUGAUGGCACAUGUCUAAUGUUUCUAAGAUUUAGAUCAUUUCAGGUCAAAAUGAAGUCCUUUAAAAGUCUGUGCUCUAGCUUACCCUUCAUAUGUAAGUGAGAUGUAUAGGACUAUUGCAGGAUAUUCUUUUAAUCAUAAGCUGUGAUUUUACUUUUCGGUUUUUAGAGUCAACGGCAUGAAUACGUUGUAGCCAAAUACUGUAUAAAGAUUUUUUUUUUAUUUGCUAUUUGUUAACAGGCAGACUGGACGAGAGGACGUGAAUCCUAUGGGACUUGUACAUUUGAAUGGAAGUACUGGGAGGGUCUUUGGAUGCAGCAGCUGUCUGUUUAUAAUUGUUCAGGGGAUAGAACGUUUUCCGACCGUGCAGGAAUAACGGACGUGUAGAUAUUGUAAAGAUGUACAUUUUACUUAUAUAGGAAAUGUAUGGUCAGGAAUUAUUUAUGUAGAUUACGCAAAAAGUAAUGUCAGAUUUUAGUGUUCAUGGUUGCUUUAUUACUACUACUACUAUUAUUAUUAUUAUUAUUAUUAUUAUUAUUAUUAUUAUUUUGGUAUAUAAUUGAGAUUUCUUUAAGGACCAACACCAUUAAUGCCAUCUGCACAGUUUGUGUACAGGAAGACAACAAAAAGACACCACCGCACAGACAAUCAGUCUCGGGCACACAAGCAAAACACACCAAGAACACAAGCACCUGGAAAUAAUACUCAUUGACAUACUCAACACGUCCAUUAAAUGCGAGAUGUUUUCUGAAGCAUGUAAAAGAUUUGAUUUAUUAAGCUGAGGCAGUUUUUUUUUUUUAAUUGGAAAGGUUCACCAAGGAGUUGGAGAAUUUAAGACUUUAAGGCGUGCUUAAAGUUACAACUUGACACAAGCAAACUCUCUCCGUUAAACAAGCGAUUCUGGGUGUAAUGUAAUGCCUUCAUAUAAGGCGCAAGUAAGCAGCUUUCACACAAGAAAAUGCAGCGGUUUUUAUUUUUUAUUUUAUUUCUUUUCGGACCAAUAAAUGUGCAAUAUGUACCUGUGGUUGAUUCUGUUUUAUACAGGCGUGUAGAAAAAUGACACAGUAAAAAAUAUAAAUCGCCCUUUUCUCUGGGAAUGACACAAAUCUCUGUUGGAAGCACUUUCUGAUUAAGAUUUGCUGUUUGUUACUGCUAUUUAAAGUUUACUGUUGCAAUCAAAAAACAGUUUGGUCAACAAUCUGUGAGCUGGAGUUCUUUUGGGUUGUUUUUUUUUUUUUUUGGGCCACACUUUCCCCUCUUUCCAUGUACACACUACACAAAUUGGUCAUUUUUACUGGAAGCCACAGGAACGCAAGCCAUUUUCUGUAAGUCAUCAUUUUAAACUAUUGCAAAAUUUAUUGAACUUCUUAUUUUAUGUAAUUUCUUAUUUUAAUCAUAGAUCAACACACAGAUCAAAUAAUCAGCCGCACUCUUAUGUACAUGUCAGCUACACUAUAAUUAUAUAUAUAUAGAUCAUUUCUAUUAUUAUAUUAUAUAACGCCUGGGUCACGUUUUGCCUGAUGUUCCAUUUUUCAAUAACUUCUGAUAAACACACUGUCGUCUACAGAAACGACAAUCAGCGUGUAAUUUAAAAAGGGAAAAAAAAAAAAACAAACCUUGCAUUUGCAACAUUUCUAAGUAUAUGGCACCAAAGCAUGGAGGAACAUCACGGCUGAUCCACAAUGUACUAAUUUUAAAACUCUUCUCUGUUUUUUCCCCCACGACACUUCAACAAAUCUCACAUUUCACCUUUUUUUUUUUUUUUUUUUUUUUUUUUUUUUUAAUCUGAGGGUUUAGAUGGUGUCCAAACGUAUCCCGUUUUUAAAAAAAAAACAAAAAAACCACCAACUAUGUACUUCCUACCGUGCGCUUUAAAUACAAACUACCGCUGUAAACCGUUUUGAUCUGAAUGACUUCUCAGCUCUUUUUCACCCACUUGUGCUCGAUUCUGUAUUAUUGUAUGUACUGUGGAUUAAAUACAGUUGAACAGCUA